AUGAUGGUUCCUAACGAGUUUGAUACCUUUCCCAAGGUUACGGCCACGCUACCAAUCACUACGCCGACUUCGGUGGCUCCAAUCCCCACGGUGAUCCCCGGCGUCCCGCUCUUCCAGGAUCUCCAUGAUACGGGGAAACGUACUCUUUGGGUUGUCACCGUCCUAAUGGGCAUAUCCUCCCUAGUCUUCUACAGUCUCGCCGCCCGCGCCCCACUGUCCAAACGAGUCUUCCACACCCUAACAUCCCUAACAACAACCCUCUCCUUCAUAACCUAUCUCGCCCUCUCCACCGGCCAAGGAAUAACCUACAAACACGCCCACGUCGUCUUCCACCACAAACACGUCCCCAACAGCACCGACGACUACUACCGCCAAAUCCUCUGGCUGCGCUACCUAAACUGGGCCCUCUGCACUCCCCUCCUGCUAACAACGUUCGCCCUAAUCUCCGGCCUACCAGGCGGCCAUCUGGUCGCGGCGAUAGCGGCCAAUUUCGUCAUGCUAGCCGCGGGCCUGUUGGGUAGCUUUGCGGGGCAUACGGGACAGAGAUGGGUUUGGUUGACGAUUAGCUGUGUGGCUUAUUUGGUCAUGUUGCAUCAUGGGGGGUUCCAUGCGCAGCGGGCGGUUAGGAAUAAGGAUGUGCAGACGAGGAGGUUUUUUGGAGCUUUUUCCGGGUUGGGGUUUUGUGCUUUUGGGUUGUUUCCGAUUGCCCUCGCUGCGGGUUCGCUCGCAUUGAAGAUCACUGUUGAUGUCGAGACUGUUCUUUUUGCGAUUCAGGAUAUCUUUACGCAGGGUCUUUUGGGUUAUUGGCUUUUGCUGGCACAUGACAGUGCCCAGGGAAUUACUCUCUAUGUGGACGGUUUCUGGUCCUCGGGCGUUGGAAACGAAGGCGCUAUUCGUAUUACCGAGGAAGAUGGCGCGUAA